AUGAACCGAUACGGAGCAGGCCUGACACCUGUGGCUCCCCAGCAGUUUAUGGCUGCACCAAGAAGCACAGGCCCUUAUUCUGGAAUGUCAGAUUACAGCCGCCAGUCAGCAGCACCGUUACCUGGUGUGCAGUCAAAUCAGUCAUCAUACAGAGGACCAAGUAAUAAUCAAGACUUCAGACAAAGAGAUGAUGACAGAAGGUUUGCAGGCAGGCGGCCUGGCAACCGUUUCCAGGCUGAUACAGAACCAGAACUCGAUGAGCCGAACCUUGAUGAAUCUUUGGUAGUCUUGGAUCACUUUAACUCUGACCUGCAUCUAGUCAUUGAUCCAGAUGGGUAUGGCGCAUCAGUACUUAAUGACCCUCCUGGGUUUUGCUUCACAUGGGCUGGAGCGCGAGCUACAUAUGGAGCGUGUCGGGGCAAGGUCUUCUAUGAAGUGCAUGUUGUUGAACAUUUACCAGCCGAUUUUGGUGAUGACCAUAAUGAAACUGACCCCCAUAUAGUACGUCUUGGAUGGUCUACUGACAGUUCCUCUUUCCAGCUAGGAGAAGAGCCUUGGUCAUAUGGCUAUGGUGGUACUGGCAAGUUCUCAACAAACAACCGCUUCACCGACUAUGGUGGCCGCUUUGAGGAAGGGGAUGUUAUUGGCGCCAUGCUGGAUCUGGAGUCUCGCCCUCCUACUAUUUCCUAUAUGAAGAAUGGCACCUGGCUUGGAGUUGCAGCUCCAUUGCAUGGGAUACAAGUGGGUAGCAAGGAGAAGGCGCUCUUUCCCCAUGUUCUGUCAAAGAAUUGCAGAUUCAAGGUCAACUUUGGCCAGAUGGAUGCGUGGUACCCACCCCCUAUGGGUUUCAGAUACCUCGGGCAACUGCCAUUGGUGGACAGAGUACGGGGCAUGGUCCCUCCUGCAAGAAAAUCUGAUUGUGAGAUGAUUAUGAUAGUGGGACUUCCUGGAGCUGGGAAGACCACGUGGGGUAUCAACAUGGAGAAGAAUCACCCAGAGAAGAGGUACAACAUCAUUGGCACAGACACCCUGAUAGAGAAGAUGAGGGUCAUGGGGUUGCCUAGAAAGAGGAAUUACCAUGGACGGUGGGAGGUGCUCAUCGGCAAGGCUACAACAUGCCUUAAUAAGCUGUUUGCUAUUGCUGCAAAGCGAAGAAGAAACUACAUCUUGGAUCAGACAAAUGUGUACGCCACGGCUCGCAGACGCAAGAUGAGGAAUUUUGCCGGGUUCUACAAAAUAGCAGCUGUGAUCCAGCCUGAUGACCCAGAACUUGAGCGCAGAUCUUAUAAAAGAACUCAUGUAGAUGGUAAAGUGGUUCCAGAGUCUGCAGUCUUAGAAAUGAAGGCCAACUACUCCAUCCCAGAAGACAGAGACAACCUCUUUGACAGAAUUGAUUUUGUUGAGUUGAAGAGAGACACUGUGCAGCAGCUUGUCAGAAUUUACAAUGACGAGGGAAAGACAAAGCCAAGAGAUGACAACUCACAGAACAGAUUCGAUAGUGAUCGGAAACUGGGGAUGCUGGAUUUUGGUGGUGGUGACCGCACUCGCCCAGAUGCUGGAUAUGGUGGUGGUGACCGCACUCGCCCAGAUGCUGGAUAUGAUGGUGGUGACCGCACUCGCCUAGAUGCUGGAUAUGGUGGUGGUGACCGCACUCGCCUAGAUGCUGGAUAUGGUGGUGGUGACCGCACUCGCCCAGAUGCUGGGUAUGGUGGUGGUGACCGCACUCGUCCAGAUGCUGGAUAUGGUGGUGGUGACCGCACUCACACGGUUGCUGGAUAUGGUAGUAAUGACCGCACCCGCCCAGAUGCUGGAUAUGGUGGUAGUGACCGCACCCGCCCAGAUGCCGGAUAUGGUGGUAAUGACCGCACCCACCUAGAUGCCGGAUAUGGUGGUAAUGAUCGCACCCGCCCAGAUGCCGGAUAUGGUGGUAAUGACCGCACCCGCCCAGAUGCCGGAUAUGGUGGUAAUGACCGCACUCUGCCAGAUGCAGGAUAUGGUAUUAAUGACCGCACUCGCCCAGAUGCUGGAUACGUUGAUUAUGAUCGUGCUCGGCAGGGUGGAGCAUACAGUAACGCUGAUCGCAUUCCCCAAGAUAGAUUUGGUAGUAAUGAUCGCAUACGUCAACGUGGAGAGUACACUCAGGAUUCUCCAGCAUCUCGGAGCAACCAAGGCUAUGGUGCCGGUUCAACCUCUGUUCCACAGAACUAUGACGCAGAUGCCAGAAAAUCUGGUAACCAGUCGGGAUAUACAUCUCGAUGGGGCCCUCCUGGGCAGGACCGAGCUGCAUUCUCAGAUCAGAUUAAACAAGAAGUUGAUGUGGAUGCGUUUUCCAGUAGCCAGAAGACAUCCAGUCAGUCUACUGAAGGUUCCCGUAGGCCGUCUCGGUUUUCAGCAGCCAGUCAUACAGAUCUCCCCAAAGCACUUCCUUCUAACACGGGAAACAUCAAAACUGAAGUGCCAGCUGCUGUUAAAGAUUCUCCCAUUCCUGAUAUCAGGAAGAGUAGCAGCAUCAGUGUUUUAGGGCAGCCUGGUUUGAAACCUUUGAUUCCAGCAUUGGAAAGGAAGGAAUCAGAUCAGAUCAGAAAGGAAAAACCAGCAGUAGAAAUUGCUCCUUCUCAGCCAAAGGGGAGUACCAGCUCAACAAAUAGCGCCAAGAGGGCAGUUCCUCCAGAUAAUGUUGAAGGCAGAUUAACUGGCAUUAGUGAGGACAAGAAGCCUAAGCCAUUGGCCAGCACAGAGGAGAAAAAGCCAGAGCUGCCUACAGCUGCUUCUACUAGUAGCAGCAAAGGAGGCAUCAGCAGCACCCCAUCUAAAGAAGGACCAGACAAAGCAGAAUUGCUUCCAGCCUCUGAUACCUCUGCAGCUGCCAAAGACCCUUGGAAUGGUCCAGCAAAUAAACCCAGAGGAGCACCCUGGCAACCGGACAGGUUCCCUGGUCCAAGGGAGGACAUGGAAGCCAGACGACUUCCAAGAGGACCAGCCCAUUAUGGAUCCUUUGGUGGUCCUCCGAGAGGACCUAUGGGCGGUCCUUCACAUGGAUUUAGAGGUCCAGGUCCGUGGAAUCAAAACCACCCACGUUUUGGACCACAAGGCCUGCCUAGGCCAUUUUUUUCGGGUCCACCCGGAAGAUGGCCAAGACCCCCUAGAUAA